AUGGGAAACGAAUGUAAACAAUGCACUACAGAUGUUCAAUCUGUAGGUUUUCAAUCUUAGCAGAAUGUCAUAACUCAAACCCACCAAUAUAGUUUUGGAAUGAAUUAUGUUGAUCAUGAUCUUAAUUUUGAGUAUUCCAGCCUUGAAGUUCCUACUGUCCCAUAAUUUGGUUUGGAAUAACAAAAAAUUAAAGCUGAUCUUUUCCCUCCUCAAGCCUUAAGAGUGGCAUCCGAAGAUUCAAAUAUGUCAUUAUUCGACCUUGAAGAAACUGUAGAGUAGCAAGUCAACUCACCAAAUAACUACGCUAAAAUGCUAGAGUAGAUUUAAAGUCAAGAGGAAAAUUCGAUUGUUUAGUACACAACUAAAAUGAAAUAGAUAACUGGAAGCAAUUUGGCAACUUCUUUAGAAGUCCACAUUUAGCAAUAAUAAUCAUCUUAGAGAUCCAUCCAGAAAUAAAGAUAACUAUUUUGGGAUUCCAGAACAGUAAAUAAGGAAUUACAAUAAAAUAAAAAAGCGAACUAAACCUUUAGAUCUUAAUUAGAAUACUUUGAUUAAUUGUGUUCCUCAAGGAAAGAAAAAACUAUGGUUUACAUCCCAUUAGAGUUGCAUAAGAAUAGAAAUAAUAAUAAUCAAAUGAAGCAAAGUGAAAAAAUUUUAAAUCUCAAUUAAAAGUAAAAAGAUGAAUUUCUUCAAUAGAAAAUUAUUGAUCAAUAAAAUAUAUAAUAAAGUAAAUGUCUUAAUUAUGAGUGA